AUGGACGAUGGACCCAGCACCCGCGGAGUCGACGACCAGGAUGAGGCUGAUGGGGAGGAUUGCUGCGGCGGCACCAAGUCUCGAGACCAUGCCGACGACGAGACCGACGGCUGCUGCCAAGGCACCGACGGCGAAAACCAAUGCGGCCGGGUGCCCGAUGCAAAGCCUGCCGACGGCUGCUGCGAUGAUUCGCCCACCAAGGUUUCAUUCAAGACCGACUCUGAUGCGCCGGAUUGCUGCCGUGGCAAGUCGUCUCCCUGCUGUGACGACUCGUGCCUCGAACGCCUGGCACUUCGAGAGUGCAAGACACGUCUCACUACCAGCUGCGUUGACAAGGAAGACAAGGGCAAGUUUGACCGCUCGUAUCCCUCGAGCCCCCACGGGCUAACAAUUGCUUGUAUAGAGUCUUGCCUUCAGCCAAGGGCGACCUGCUCGGAAACUGCAUGCGAUGGCCACCGAAAGUCUACGCGGGAGCGCUACGGUGCCACGCUCGAGGCCUUGGGCUGUAUCUGCCGUGCCCUCCUGGCCCUUGGACAGGACUCGUGCUGCGAGGCCCGAAAGCGCCCCUCGGGAGAGGCGAGGUCGGCCUCCCAAAGGUCCUCUACUCGGUCCCUGGCGCGCUCGUCGGAGGAUUCGUGCUGUGCCAGCGGCAGAGCUGGGACGAGUCGAGUCCGGGCCCGCAAAGGCGCCGGCUUGUGUGGAGACCGAGAAUCUGCCUCUGCGGCCUGCACGGGAGCCACCUCUCUGUGCAAAACCGGCAAGUCAGCGACGAUCCAGCAAAAGGAUACGAGGCCAAGAUCCGCCACGGGGGAUCCUGAGAAUCAGGCCAUCGGCGAGGAGCACGUCGUCCUCUGCAUCUCGGGCAUGACAUGCACCGGCUGCGAGACGAAGCUCAACCGAACGCUUGCAACCGUGAGUGGCGUCAGAAACCUGAAAACGAGCUUGGUUCUCUCACGGGCCGAGUUUGAUGUUGACCUCUGCUUCGUCACUGCCAACGACGUCGUGAAGCAUCUUGAACGAACCACUGAGUUCAAGUGCGAGAGAAUCGCCACUCGUGGAUCGAGCCUGGACAUGCUCGUGGCUGGAGAUGCAUCAAGCUUCAUCAACCAGGCCUGGCCCGAGGGCGUCAUUGACAUAUCCCGGGUCGACAAGAACAUUGUAAGGGUCACCUUUGACCCAGCCGUCAUUGGGGCUCGACAGCUCCUCACGGCCCCCUGGGACCAGGGCGUGAGCCUUGCUCCGGUCCACGGCGACCCUUCGCUCGAGGCUGGAAGCAAGCAUGUUCGCCACGUCGGCUCCAUGACAAUCCUCUCGUCCCUUCUCACCGUCCCAGUCCUGGUCAUGGCGUGGGCCCCGCUGCCUGAGCGGGAAAUCGCCUAUAGCUCGGCAUCACUAGCCCUGGCCACCGGUGUUCAAGUCUUUGUCGCGGGGCCCUUUUAUCCGAAGGCGCUCAAGGCCCUGGUAUUUUCCAGGGUGGUUGAGAUGGACCUGCUCAUUGUGCUGAGCACAAGUGCGGCCUAUAUCUUCUCCGUCGUCUCCUUCGGCUACCUCGUCGCAGGCAAACCGCUUUCCACGGGCCAGUUUUUCGAGACGAGCACUCUCCUCGUUACCCUCAUCAUGGUCGGGCGGUAUAUCGCAGCACUCGCCCGCCAGAAGGCGGUUGAGUCCAUUUCCAUCCGCUCCCUCCAGGCCCAGAGCGCCCUCCUCAUCAACGAUGCCGACACCGCGGGCGAGCGCCAAAUUGACGCGAGACUCCUUCAGUUUGGCGACCUGUUCAAGGUCCUUCCCGAUUCGCGGAUCCCGACGGACGGGACCGUUGUCACGGGAUCGUCUGAAGUCGAUGAGUCGUUGAUUACAGGGGAACACCGUCCUGUCGAGAAGCAUGCCAAGUCGCCCGUCAUUGCCGGGACCAUCAACGGCUCCGGGAUGCUGGUUAUCCGCGCCACUCGCCUCCCUGGCGACAACACCAUCGACACCAUCGCUGCCAUGGUCGACGAGGCCAAGCUUUCCAAGCCCAGGAUGCAACAACUCGCUGAUCAGGUGGCGUCCUUGUUCGUGCCGGUCGUCGUGGCCCUAGCCAUCGUCACGUUUGUCACCUGGGUCUCGAUUGGAGUCACCAGCGGUGGAAAGACGGGCUCCGAGGCGACCAUCCAAGCGAUUACCUACGCCAUCACGGUCCUCAUCGUCUCCUGCCCCUGUGCCAUUGGGCUCGCCGUGCCGAUGGUCGUGGUCAUUGCGAGCGGAAUAGCCGCAGAACGAGGCAUCAUCUUCAAGGCGGCCGAGGCCAUCGAACUCACCUACAAGGCAUCCCACGUCAUCUUCGACAAGACGGGGACACUGACGCAAGGCAAGCUCAGUGUGACAGCCGAGCACCACCCAGGGGACGACCAGGCCUCGCUGCCUCUCCUCCUGGGCUUGGUUGCCCACAGCAGGCACCCAGUCUCCGAGGCCGUGGCUGGCCACCUGAGGAGCAAGGGGGUCGUGGCGCCUUCCUCGCCCGAGGUCAAGAGCCUUGCGGGGCGAGGCCUGGAGGCCAAAGUGGGCGGACAGACGCUCCGUGCCGGCAACUCGCGAUGGGUCGGUGUGUCCUCACACGCCGCCGUCGGGCAGAUGCUGGCGCAAGGCUACACCGUGUUCUGCUUUACCAUCGACAGCGACCUGGCCGCCAUCUACGGCCUCGAGGACUCGCUCCGCGCCGAUGCCGCCGAGGCAGUCGAGACGCUGCAGAGCCGCGGCAUCGCGGUCCAUCUGGUUUCCGGCGACGACGACGGCGCCGUGCAGCGCGUGGCGACGAAGCUCGGCAUCCCCGCCGAACGCGUUCGCGCGCGCAGCUCCCCCGGCGACAAGCAAGUCUACGUCAAGGCCCUCCUGGACGACAGCGCCGACUCGCCCCCCAAGACGAGGCAGCGGCGCGUCGUCGUCUUCUGCGGCGACGGCACCAACGACGCCGUCGCCCUCGCCCAGGCCACCGUCGGCGUGCACGUCAACCGGGGCGGCGGCAGCGACGUGGCGCAGUGCGCCGCCGACGUGCUGCUGCUGCGCCGCGACCCGCUGCGCGGCCUCGUCGCCGCCAUGGGCCUCAGCCGCCGCGCCGUCGCCCGCAUCCGCUUCAACUUUGCCUGGAGCUUCGUCUACAACGCCCUCGCCGUGCUCCUCGCCGCCGGCGCCCUCGUCCGCGCCCGUGUCCCGCCGCAGUACGCGGGGCUCGGCGAGCUCGUCAGCGUCUUGCCCGUCGUUGCGGCCGCGGUGCUGCUGCGCUGGCCUAGGACUCGGACUGUCUAA